UCUUUGGUCGCCCGCCAUUGUUUGUAUUGAUAAAUUUUGGCGUCGGUGAAAAUUGAAAUUUUUAUCUUUUUCCAUCUGGGGAUUACCAGAUAUUAAUUAAAAUUUAUUGACGUAGAAAUCAAUAUUGGCAUUUAAAAUGUCUAUCGGUGUUCCUAUUAAAGUACUUCACGAAGCUGAAGGCCAUGUAGUGACCUGUGAAACUAAUACCGGUGAAGUGUAUCGCGGUAAAUUGAUAGAAGCCGAGGAUAAUAUGAAUUGCCAGAUGACCCAAGUUACCGUCACGUACAGAGACGGCCGGGUAGCUCAGCUGGAGAAUGUGUACAUAAGAGGGUCCAAAAUACGUUUCCUUAUAUUACCUGACAUGUUGAAGAAUGCUCCUAUGUUUAAACGACAAGGGAAUAAACCGACCGCUGGACGCGGAAAAAGUGCUAUAAUACGAGCUCAUGCGGCUGGUCGAGGAAGACCGGGCGGAAGAGGAGGAGGUCAUCGUGGUGGUUGGCAGGGUGGCUCUGGACCCUCCCGGCGAUAAGAUUAGAUCUACACUUAAAUUAAAUCUAACUUUACUAUACUCCUUUCCGUAUGUAAGAAAGAAAAUUAGGAACAUAUAAAAACAAAUAGAAAUUAGUUGCAUUACUCAAUACAUGGGCUUACCCAGUUACUGGUCGAGCAGGGGGCAAGUGAGAUUUUUUUAAGGUCAGUUCAUGGGCUGCUGUUUUGUGAAAUUUUUGUUUAAAGGGCCCCUCAUAAUGAAAAAAUAUACCUUUUUGGCUUCAAUAUCAAUUAUUAAACAUAAGCUGCCCUCCCCUGCUUGUGUAAUCCUCGUAUUUUUUGGAUAUGCGCCUAAUUAAUUAAUUUGAACCAAACCCUACAAAAACUAGUAUUAAGCUAUGUCCUACAUGUAUAAACAACAGUUCUGUAUGUGUUGAAAACAUUUUCUGGAGUAUUUAAAUGAUAAUAUAACUUGUAAGUUGAAUGGUACUGUCCGAUUUGUGAUAAGGUUUCAAUAAAAUGAUAGUCAUGUAUAA